AUGCAAACACUAGAAGAUCAAAAAGUUAUGGCGGAAGAAGCAUUGGCUGGAGAAGCCCCGGUGUCUUCGGUGGGCAAAGACCAGGAACCGCUGUCGAUUUCUUCACCUUUGCCUACCGUGCCGGAAGGAGCUCUCGACGAUCGCCCGUCGGAAACUCCUUCGGCACUAUUUGCUUCGCCAGGUCAGAAAAACUUUGAUCCAAUAAUCAAGAAGCUACGACGAGGCGAUCUGGUGCGCAUUUCGGAAGCUGGCAUUCAUUCCGAGAGGCGCUUCCGCGAUCGCCAAGGCCAACUUGGUCGGGUGAGUGUAUGUCACGAUACGGUAAAUGAGGGAACCGUGGAUGUGGAAUGGAUCUUGGGAGGCAAGUCGACCAAGUUGCCUAGAAACGUGCUGCUCUACACCACAGCGACUCAAGAGGGAAUGACGGACGAGUCGAUGGUGGGGCCCUUGGGUUCUCGACAACGCCGGAAACGCAAGCAACCGGAUACUAUUGAUCCAAACCCGGCGCUGAUGCAAAAAGUCGUCAAAAAGGCAGCCCCUACAAAGAGCAAAGCCACGAAAGUGUUGCCGACAAAGGCGAAAAAAGCAAGCUCGGUGAAGGAAAAGCCAGCGAUAUUACCAAAGACGGUUGCGUCGAAAAAGAAAUCUAAGUCGGCAGGAUCCAAACGCAAGACGGCUCCCGCUCCGAAAAAAACUGUCGAAAAGAAGCUGAAACAGAAGACUUCUGCAACGCAAACUCCGCAACCGACAACGAAUAUUCUCGAGCUGUAUGAGAAACACCGGCGAGAGUUUGAACGCAUCGUGGCGCGGCUAGAAAAGGUGGAUCAGUUCGGUUGGUUCUGGGAUCCGGCCCCGGCGGAGUAUGACGAGCAAUACGACACUGUACCCGAUCCAGCGAACGCUCCUGCGGAAGAAGCGGUCAAUGAGCCGAAAUGGAACAAUAUGCGACCUAUGCAAGACGAGUGCGGUACAGCUCAGACUUCUUCAAGGAAAGAUUCCAAUACUGUAGUAGACGCAACACUGACAUCGAAAUCGGGGGAUGUCACUGUUGAAAAACCAACGUCACAAAAUUUAGUGUCGUCCAACGCGACUGUGUCCGAAUGUAACAAAUCAUCUUCAAGCCUUACUCCCCAACCCACAGGUCCCAUAACGAUCUAUCCGUCACAUCCUCCUUACAAUUGGGAGAUGGUUAGACGACGGAUGGCAAAUGGUCGAUACGUUCUGGAUCGCGAACGGAAAGAAGCAGAGGAACGUGUUGCUCUACUUCGACCAUACUACAAAGCGAUGGGGAAGAAGACGCCCAAGAGGAAAAGGAGUGGAAACAAUACUCGUGUGGUACAUCCUAAGGGGGUUAACUGGGAUCUUUUCAAAGAGGAUGUGCUGAGUAUGUGUAGGGCCGCAAUAGAGAGGGAAGGCGAAGACGACUCAGAAGCUCGAGGCUCAGUGAUGGCGUCGGCGACUAAAGUAAAGGACGCCGUCUGCCAAGCUUUUGAGAGAACAGGCUCUCGGCAAAUGGGGGAAAUGGAAAUUGCCGAUCUCCGAUACAAGUUUUCCUUAGCUCUUGAGAAAAGCCUCAACGAGGAAGCGGCGAUGCAGAGCUGGAGGAAAUCACCAUAUCCGGAAAGAUGCUACGAUCGACUGUCGCAUGACGUGGUAUGUGCAGGCCUAUCCGAGUUGGACGAGCACAUUGCUACCUACGAGCUUCGGACGAAUCUUCCAGACAGGUUUGUAGGAAUUUCGUAUCGAUACGAUGAUACUGGACAGAGCGAAGCCUGGAUGAAGUCAGUUGUCGACGAAACAGAGUCGCUUGACCGAAAGAGGAAAAGUGCAAACGAGGAAAAACAAGCUGCCUUGGCUUUGGCUGGAGACGACGGAGUAACUAGAGCUCAGGUAUACGCAUCAGUGCAGUCGCUGCUUAUCGGUGUGCAAGACAAAGUCAUGACAGAUUUAGGCGUUUUGAAGCAGCCUGAACUACGGAGUGCCAAUUGGUUCUCAUCCGGGACUAGCAGUGGGCAUUGUCCGACGUCAACACAACCGACAAACGAUCAGCAUCGUGCAAAUGGCGUGUGUCUUGAUGAAAAAAAGUCUCCGGAAGUAGUCGAACAACCUGUAUGGGGAAUGGAUUGCUACACGAGGCGAAACAUUGCAUCGUGCCUUGAGACGGAUUUUGACCCAGCGACUGCGCUGCACUUCAUCGAAAAGUGGUUACUACCGGCGAUUAAUGCCUGUCCUAUUGAUCUUGCGCACAAAAUAUCAAAUGCAGCUCGGAUACUUGAAGGAUUGCCGUUUGAAUCGAUGGAGGAUGGGGAAUAUGGAGAGAAAGAGAACAUCAAUGAUCGCAAAACUCCGGAGAAACUGUGGGCGUACUCUCCGCUUGGCAAGGCGCUGCGUGAAAAAAUUAAAGUUGCUGCUCCAGUCUGGUUGACCGCUGCAGCAUAUCUUUUGCGAAAAGCUUACACCGCUUUAGGUCCUGACUUUUUCCGAGUACACCCAAAAGGCCAUGGGUCAGUUUUACUGAAUUCCAAAGUUGGCGCAAACACGCUUGUAACGUUUUAUCGUGGAGAGGUAUAUCCAUCUUGGAGAUGGGGUGAAAAAAUGGACGCAAUUGAGAUCACACAAAGUAGAAAAGCGCUAAAACCAGCUCUGCCUGAUUUUUAUAACAUGGCCUUGGAGCGACCCCAGAUCGACCCUCGCGGCUACGGUCUCCUCUUUGUCGAUGCUUCAAGGAAAGCAGGUCACGGAUCUUCUUUGUCCCAUAGCUGUGCGCCGACAUGCGAGGUUCGAGUUACCGCUGUUAACGGCGAGCUCACCCUUGCGAUGACAACAUUGAGAGAGCUAGAAAUGGGGGAGGAGCUGACAUUUGAUUACAAUGCUGUCACCGAGUCUUUAAAUGAGUAUCGAUCUGCGGUCUGUCUCUGCGGAUACGGGAAAUGCAGAGGUUCUUUCUUACAUUUUGCAACCGCAGAUUGCUACCAAUUAGUUUUGAAUCGAAAUGCCCCUAUUGCAACUCGUUUUGCAAACCUUGUAAAAGGAAGUAUGAAGCAGGUCAUGUCCGACGAGGACACUCGGGUAUUGCACAAUCAUGGCUUUCUGACUGCGGCCUUCGGCGCGAUCAGUGUAAACCGCCGCAAUUUAUUGGAAGGGGGGCAAAAGGGUGUUUUGGAUACUUUGGAUAUUGUCCCUGUUUGGUUACGAACUUUUGUUGCUGACACCUUGCGCUACAUUGAAUACGAGCGCAGGGCCUUGCCAAUCGCGUUGAUUUGUGAUCAUGUUUCUUCGGCAAAGCGAAAAUCUACUUUGGAAACGGCUUCCAGGAGUUCAGGGAAGGCGCCAACAAAGCCUGAGCCCCCAUUUUUUUACUUUUGUCGCUCCGAAGUCGAUCUACUGAAAGCUUUGCUGAAGAAAGAUGGAUUCCCAGACUCGGUGUCUGGGAUGCAGCUCAAUCAUGCCAUCAAGAAAGUUGGCUCAAACUACUGGCAGGGCCUUACGGAAGAGAAGAAGGAGUAUUGGAAGAAGCUUGCUGAAGCCGAUUUCCAAAGGCGGAAAAAAGUAUGGCAUAAGUCUCAAACUGUAAGUAUUUCCAAAGGUCUAAAAACAUCGGGGAAAACUGAGAAUACUGAAUCAAAAACUUUAGACAUGAACGACCUGCUGCAUGCUUCUGAUGUCUCGUUCCCAGACGCGGAUUCAGAGGGUGUCUCUGCAAUGGAGCAGCGCAUUCAGCAACUUACUCAGGCGCUUAGUCGAAUAGGGAGAGUUCUGGAUCGACACAGAGAGCUCGUUUUAGAAGAAGCUAGCAACGAUCCUGUUGAACCAAGUGCCAAGUCUUUAUUGGAUGUUGUCCAUGCACCACUGAAAGUGUGCUCAGACUUGAAGGUCAUCGGGUGGUUGUGGAAUGGUACGAAUGGUGUCGUGCCGUCUUUAUUUGAGUGUAUUGAGAGCGCUCGAUACGCAAGACCUGAGCUUCUGGAAAAGCUGAUAUUGGUUCGAACGAAAUACGGCCGCCUCGACUCUUUCAGUGCCUACGAAUUGGAUGAUCUGUGUUUGAACAACACGCAAAUCAUAGAGGGGCGCCGAGAGCUGGCAGAAGCCUUGAUGGAAUUCCGGAAAACCAUACUUGAUGAAUUGAGAAUUAUGGCCAAGGAAUUUAGAAAUAACAAGAUUUGUGUGACUCCGGCCUCGAAGUUGGCACCAGACCAUGUUCUAGAUUACGCUACACAGGCAACGUCAGAGUUGCCAGAAUUUGAUAAAAUACUUUUCUCUGGAAGCAGAGAAAACAAUCAAGAAAGCACGGAGCAGAGCAGAGCUUUGGACGAAGAACCCAUUGUUGAGGAGAAUGCAAGCUCCGCUAUUGCUAGAACGAUGGAGUAUUUAGUCACAGAAGUUGAACGAAGAGGUCAAAAAGCGGAGCGCCAAUCUAGCUUUGAAAUCGACAGAAAGCCUCCAAAGAUCGACUCAUGCAAGUCAAAGUCAAUGAGUAAGACGCAACAAUUUGAGUCCAAAGGACUUUUCGAAAAUAGUGGCUGGCUUGAGCAUUACAACGAGCGUUUUGUGUUGCAUGCCUGUGCUGACUUGCUACUGUUCUACGCCCGUACAAAAACAUUUUUUGAGAUGAAUUCCUACAAAUUAUUGGAGUCCACUCCGAUUGAGGUCUACGCAAGAGAACUCGGCAAUGCUGUGCCGCGAUCUGCAAUCGAUGCUAAUAUUAUAGAUCGAAGAGGUGUAGCCUUUAAAGAAACCGCCUUCGUCAGCUCGGACGAUGGGAGAGUCGCUACGUCUAUCCACACUGUAAAAACCUUUGAGGAUGCUACUUCCAGAACGCAGAAAAUUUCGAAGCUUUGCUCACCUGAUGAUAUUGUUGCCGAAGUUACUGUAACAUACAAUGAAGACUACGUUCUGUCCCAGCUUCUGCAAUGGUACAACGGUGGUAUAGGCUUGAAGCCCGGGAUGCCUGACAUGAUUGGCUGUGUUGUAUUGCCAUCGAUUCCGGAAUGUUUUUCCAGCGAAAUGCUUGAAAAGUCAAACGUGAAACCGGAUAAGAGGACUACGUAUGAAACAAAAAUUCGCCCCCGUCUGAUCGAGUGGCUACAAGAUCCCUACCAAAGGGGAAAUCCAUGGCCUGACAGCGUCAAAAAAGCAUUCCUCCGACCUGGAUCUUCGUCCGCGCAACUUUUGCUUUUUGGAUCCCCUGUCAUUGACUUUCUUGCCACAGGAGACGAAUCCAGUAUCCUAGACGUCUUAGGGGAUUUGAAUUCUGAUAACAAGAUUGAGUCAAAGAGCGCUUCUGCCGUUAUGUUGUCUUCUGUGGACAAAGGUCGGCCUGCUCAGGCCAUUUCAACCUGGGUACAAUGUGAAAAUCCUGUUUGUUUGAAAUGGAGAAAAGUACCAUGGCAUGUUGACGUAGACCUGUUACCGGAGAAGUUCUAUUGUAAGGACAACGCCUGGAACCCCAAUGCUAACUCUUGUACGAAAGCUGAAGACGAUUGGGACAAUGCGGAUGCCAUGGUUGGUAGAGACGGCAAGGUCGAAGGCUCACCGAUACGUAAAAAGAAGCAUUCAGAGCUUUCGCCUAUUGAAGAGAGUAGUUUCACAGCUGGUGCUCGUUUUGAUAUUUUGCGAAAGGAGAAGUAUGUAGUUGGUCGGGUUGUGAAAGUGGAUUUCUCCGGCAAAGUAAAGCGUAUCUUGUUUCAUUUUCUGAAAAAGCAUUCCAAGUAUGAUGAAUGGAUCGAAUUUGGCUCGCCCCGUAUUUCUUCUCUGCACUCCAAGAUUGCUCCACGUGCAGCAAAGGCCGCCGUCGAUGUUUCCUACGUUUCUUCUUUGCGCGAAGUUGGCCAGGAUGUGGCGAAGGGAAGAACACCCGCAAAACAAGCGAAAGGCAAGAAACUUAAUGCAAAACCGAAAGUUCGUAGACGAGAUGUUCCACAUAAGCGGCUAAUCCCCUCACACGGGGAUCGUCCCUCGGAAAUAUGCCAGCAGAUCGAUACAGGAAUGAGGUCUGCUAACGAUAUGAAGUCGCUGGUGGAUAGAGUGCAGGAGAAAAUGGAAUUGACAGUGAAUGAAAACUUGAAGCAAUUGAAAAAAACGAAGAAAGCUGGAGGUAUAGCAGAUGUGGAGGUUCAACCCGAGAGUAUUUUAAGACCUGAAAAGAGAAAGAAGAUAGAUUUAACACGCUCGGCAUCAAGAACACAAUUCUCCGGUGGGGAGUUUCGGAGUUUGAAGAGUACCUUGGUGGAGAAAGUCAACGGACCUCUGCUGGCGGAUUCGUUGCCUUCUCAAACUCACUUGACUGUGAGUAAACCGUCCCAAAACGGAUCAGGUGGUAGUGAUACUUCGGUGACCAAAGACCUGGAUUGGACUACAACGACCCAGAACUCUAUAUCAAACGGAUUUCAUCGACUUACUCCCGGUACUUCAGAGACUCCUGGGGCCACCGACGGUACCUGUAAAUGUGAUGACCAACCCUUGACAACAAUCAUCAGACCACAGUCCCUUCCUUUUCAGGAAGAUACAAGCAGAAUGAGCACGGAUGCUCAAUGUAGCACCGGUAGAGGAGUAAUUGGAACGUAGCUGGCUCAGCCAGCACCUCAAGCUUGAAUGCAUAAUAGCGAUCUCAGUCCUAGAUGAAUAGGUGUACAGGCUUCGCUUCACCCUACAAAGGGAGAUUUGCAGAAAAUCUCACAGUCGUACCCCUGCGGAGUCAUCAGAAAUUCGGAAUUAGUCAGAACUGAUAUUUUUAACGAUCUAAACCCAAAUGUUUCGCUAAAAUAGUAAAGAUGUAAGGGG